CUCUUCUCGAUACGAAUAUUUUAGUCCAUUUCGAAAUUUCGCUCCGACCGGUCGCAAUCUCUACGAUGUCCGCGGUGUGAUUUUGUGAUAUUUAUUUUUCUACCCACUGCAGUUAUUUGCAUGUUCGCCGAUUUUCUAGCCAAGAUCAAGGGGCACCCGAAGGAUUGACUUGUUCUUCAUAAAACUCGAUAUGGCAAAACAACACCGGUUCAGUUUCGUGUUCCUGCUACUUAUCAUCGUACACCUAAUAGACGCUACAAUUCCUGCGCUUGAUAACAUCGCCCAAGUUCUGCAAUCUCCUGGAUUUCAACAACUGGUUGCCGCCGAUCCGAUGGUAUCAUCCGAUGAAUCUUCGCCAACGAACAAUGUCGGUGCUGAUAAAACAAAAACACAAAAAGAUUCCGCCCUGAGUCAAGACAUCAAUCCAACCUUGAAGUUGGUUACGCGUGUGUUGGACACGUUACGAUCUCCAACACCAGCUCAAACGCUACUGCGAGUUCCCCAGCUGCGCGCUUUACCGGGAUGUCCACUCUGCGAUGCAUCCGUGUAUAGUUACUGCGAUUAUAAAGUGUACCAUGAUGGCUGCUGCUGUGGAACAAUUAACGGAGCCUACGGGCCCGGAGGUGGUUUCGGAGGGAUAGGAAGUGAUGGAAUCGGUUAUGGAGGCUGCGGAUAUCAAGAGGAUUGCAGUUUCAUCUACGCCAAUUCAUGUUAUGAACAUCAACUAAUAGUAAAUUGUUGCUGCAAUGUUCCUUUCUGAAAAUAAAAAGGAUUUCACACAAAAUACGCUAACAAAUUACAAAAGAUUCCUUCAAGUAUAAAUAUUCUUCAAUCUCUAGAAUUCUUUAUUUCUUUUCAUCUUUCUUUUCAAAGUG